AUUCAAUUCACUCUCUUCUCUCUCGCUUUCUCUCUCUCUCUCUCUGGUCUCUCUGUCUCUUUCUCUCUCACACACACACGAUCCAAUGACGACGAGCAACAACGUGAACGGAUGUUUUGGAGACACAAAGCUGACCAAAGUGUUCGUAGGAGGAUUGGCUUGGGACACUCACAAAGAAGCAAUGUAUGAUCAUUUCAUCAAGUACGGUGACAUUUUGGAGGCCGUCAUCAUCUCCGACAAACUCACUCGCCGUUCCAAAGGCUACGGCUUUGUGACUUUCAAAGAUGCGGAAGCCGCAAAGAGGGCUUGCGAAGAGUCGACUCCGAUCAUCAAUGGCCGUCGUGCCAACUGCAAUCUCGCCUCUCUCGGUGGCCGCCUUCGUAAAUCCCCCACCAUUGCCUCUCCUCAACAAGGUUCAUCUAAAGCUUUUUUUUCCAAAGUAUAUAAUUUUCUUUUGUUUUAAUUAAUUAUAACCUAAAGAUCACGGGACCUAAUGGGAGAGUCGAGAUCAAAGAAUGUGAGUAGGGCCACGUCGGUACAUGUAGGGAAUAAUCAAGCUCAAUGGUACUACCCUGCGGGAUUCACACACCAGCAACAUCAACUUCAACAACAACACCAUCAUCAAGCCGUUCCUUUCUAUGGGUAUCCUUCCUCCUACGUCGCCCCGAACAUGACCUUCAAUCAAAAGGUUGGAUACGUCGGAGGAACGUAUAUGAACGGAUACUACGCUCAACCGCAGCCGCAACCGCAACCGCAACCACAAUAUUACCAACAUCACAUGUAUGGUGGAGGACGAGUAAUGGUUGGGGCAAGUCCGAUGAUGCCUCUCUACACUGUCUAUCCUUAUCAUCAAUCUCAGGCCAUCGGUUUUCCUCAACCUUCUUUUUCGAAACCCCUUUCCUUUUCCACUCCCAUAUCAGGUACAGUUGGAGGAGGAGAGAGCAUAAUGACGAAGGCCAUAAGUUGAUAGGGUUACAAGCUGUUUAUCAAACGACUCAGCCCCAAAUCAUUCAUUUUCUCCAUCUCACCCUGUUUUUUUUUAAUAGAGACAUAAAUCAAUUUUUAAAAAAAAUUAAUUCCUUUACAUUUAAUAAUUUAUUCACUGAAGCUAAGCUAGCGAACUGUUUGAGUAAUUAAGAUCAUUUUAUGAGGUG